AAAAAGAAAGUGGAGAUUUUCUUUAUGGGUUGAGUGUAGAAAAGAAUGCUUCAUAUCUUUGUUAAGCAAAACCCCAUCCUGUCGUCUCUUUUGUGUAUAUAUAUCGACACACACACACACUUAUAAGUCACAUUUCUAUGUAAGCAUUGAUCACCAUGGCAGCUACCAUUGGGGUACAACUCCAUGUACAGGAUCGUCAUGUGGUGCUAGACAAUGGGUUCCUGCAAGUGACACUGUCGAAUCCUGAUGGAAUAGUGACAGGUAUUCGUUUUGGUGGCCUCGACAAUCUGCUUGAAGUCCUUAACCAGGAAUCUAAUCGAGGGUAUUGGGACCUGGUAUGGAGCUCCCCAGGGACUGCAGGAAUCUUCGACGUGAUUAAGGGUACGAGUUUCGAAGUGAUAACCGAAACAGAAGAUCAGGUGGAGGUGUCCUUCACAAGGACAUGGGAUCCUUCACUUCAAGGGAAGCAGGUUCCACUCAACAUAGACAAAAGGUUCAUAAUGCUGAGGGGAAGCUCUGGCUUCUACUCUUACGCCAUCUACAACCACCCUAAAGACUGGCCUGCUUUCAGCCUGGCAGAGACCAGAAUUGCGUUCAAGCUCAGAAAAGACAAGUUUCACUACAUGGUGGCAUCCGACAACAGGCAGAGGUAUAUGCCCCUCCCGGAUGACAGGAUCCCUCCCAGAGGGCAGCCCCUGGCUUACCCUGAAGCAGUGCAGCUGGUAAACCCUGUGGAGGCUGAGCUCAAAGGCGAGGUGGAUGACAAGUACCAGUACUCGUGUGACAACAAGGAUAACAAGGUCCAUGGGUGGAUCUGCACGGACCCUCCCGUAGGGUUCUGGCAGAUCACCCCGAGCGACGAGUUUCGAUCAGGCGGCCCUGUCAAGCAGAACCUGACCUCCCAUGUGGGACCAACUACCUUGGCAAUGUUUAUAAGUGCUCAUUAUAGCGGGGAAGACCUGGUGCCUAAAAUUGGAGAUGGUGAGGAAUGGGAGAAAGUGUUUGGACCGGUUUUUAUGUACUUCAACACCACUCCUGUAGAUGCAAGUGAGGAUCCUAAAGCUUCACUCUGGGAGGAUGCCAAGGCUCAGAUGAUGGUUGAGGUCCUAAGCUGGCCUUACACAUUCCCAGCUUCAGAAGACUACCAGAAACCUGACCAGCGCGGCUAUGCAACCGGCAGGCUCCUGGUUCAGGACAGGUUUGUUUCGGAUGAUUACAUAUAUGCCAGUGGAGCCUAUGUAGGAUUGGCUCCACCAGGAGAUGUUGGAUCAUGGCAGAGAGAAUGCAAGAAGUAUCAAUUCUGGACCAAAGCGGACGAAGAUGGGUUUUUCUCCAUCAACAAUGUGCUGACAGGCGACUAUAAUCUCUACGCUUGGGUUCCAGGCUUCGUUGGAGACUAUCGCUGUGAUGCCACUGUUUCAAUAACCUCAGGUUGUUAUGUUGACAUGGGUGAUCUUGUGUUUGAGCCUCCGAGAAAUGGUCCCACCUUGUGGGAAAUAGGAGUUCCUGAUCGUUCUGCGUCGGAGUUCUACGUUCCUGAUCCUAAUCCCAAGUACAUCAACAAGCUCUUUGUCAAUCAUCCUGAAAAGUUUAGGCAGUAUGGACUGUGGGAGAGAUAUGGUGAAUUAUACCCUGAUGCCGACUUGGUUUACAACGUUGGAGCUAGUGAUUACACUAAAGAUUGGUUUUUCGCUCAAGUAACCAGGAGGAAAGACAGCAGCAUAUAUCAAGGAACCACAUGGCAGAUCAAGUUCAAUCUCGCAGACGUGGAUCACAACGGAAUCUACAAGUUGCGAGUCGCGAUUGCCUCUGCCACCUACUCAGAACUUCAAGUUCGGGUGAACGACCCGAAAUCGGGGCCAAUAUUUUCAAGUGGGCUGAUAGGGAAGGAUAAUUCAAUAGCAAGGCAUGGAAUUCAUGGAUUGUAUUGGCUGUUCAAUGUGGAUGUUGCCGGGGUGAAGCUUGCUGCAGGGAGUAACACUAUAUAUUUGAGUCAGCCAAGAGCUACUAGCCCUUUCCAGGGUAUUAUGUAUGACUAUAUCCGCCUGGAAUCCCCUCCUUCUGUUUCAGGAUCAAUUUGAUAUGCCUGCCAUGAUUUGAUCCCUGGUGAUUUUCCUGGCCAAGUAAAAGUCUACUACCUCUAGUUUUUUUUUCCUCUCCUCUGAAAUGAGAAUAAACAAAAAGGUGAACACAAUGAAGUAGUCUAUUUGUAAGAGCUUUGAAUUGUCAUAUUUUGACAAGAUCAUGGAAAUGUUUGUUAUUACCCAUAUCAUGCAUAUAAACCCUAACGGUUGUAGUAAUAUGAACCAAACAAACAUUAUCCUUUUAUUGGAAUUUGACGUUGUAAACUUUUUUUUUUUUUAACUUUUGAUUAGAUUGAGAUUUAAGGGAAGAAGUAAAUUGGCUUUGUUUUAGUUCCUCUCAAGUAAAGACAAACUAAUAGACAAAAAAAAAAAAACAUUUGGUGGACUAGUGGCGGCUGUCCCUGUUAUCUUGGCCUCCACGGAAAGGCGUACUCCAAGUUGAUAUGUUGUUGUGGUCAAAAGUCACCUGCAAAUGUAAAGAGUAGUUGUCCGAAAACAGAAAAGAGUAGUUGUCAGGCAUAUCCAUUAUGCUGCAAUCACUAGGACAACAUGGCAUACAAAGAUUUCAAGAACUCUGUGUAUUUUGUAUUAUCAGAUUUCAUGUAAUUAACAUCAUGCAUGAUAUAUUGAUAUUCAAGAUCAUAACGAGACAAGAAAAAUAAUGGGAUAUAAAUUAACAUUGUUUCUGGAAAUUAGCAGGUUGAUUACAUGCUUUCCUAACGAGCUUUGGUUAAGGUGAUCUUGCAUUCCACUAGUAUGCAAAUAUGCGAGGGUCUGCCCUAGCCUGACACUUUCAGAUCCUCCCGCUAGUGCAUUCUAACUCGUUGGACAUAUUUUAUUUUCUAAAAGCAAACGAGGUUAUCUAGGGGUGCAAAUUGCAAGGAAGAGCUUUGUGUAUGGUUAUGAUCUUAAAUGCUUCAACUGCAAUUCAGUGGAUGACUUGAAGAAAGCAUAAAAGAGUGCCGCGGGCGGGCGGGCAAACCUAGCUAAUACAUGACUACAGGACAA